UGUUUCACCGUGCAUUAGGGUUCAGUUUCACCGUUCAUUAGGGGAAUUUUUGUUUCACCGUUCAAGAAGGAACGGAAACAUAGAAUUAGGGUUCAGUUUCACCGUGCAUCAGAAUUGAUCUUGGGUUCGAAUAUUUGAUCGUAGAAGAGGUAAAUUGAUCUUGGGUUCGGUUCAAAUUCUAAGUAAAAGAGUCUAGUAGUUAAGAUGUCAGUGAGAGCUAGGAGGAUUGUUUCUGGUAGGUCAGAUACUGUAGCAGCUAAUUUUGCGUUUGAUCCGUUAAAUGAUGACAAAAUUAUAAGAAAUAGGCUUCUCACACGCACGACCACCACCAGAGGCGAACCUCCAUUGAAGAAGCUUCAGAAGAAAUUCACUUCUUUCGUUAUCGAACUAGACAAAGAAGAAGAUAACUACAGUGACUGUGGUAGGCUCGCCAAAGCUUUCUUGCAAGAACUUUCCGCUUUUGAGAUUCCGCUUCUUAAGAGCCAUGCGGUUGUUGCUGCCAAUCUUAGGGAAAAGGAGAACUUCAACGAGUUGAAAGAUGAGACGAAUAGGCAGAUAAUGCAGGCACAAGCUGAUAUAGAAGAUCUUAAGAAACAGCUCGAAGAGAGUAAGAUAGAGAGACAGCAGAAAGAGGAGUGUGAAGCCAUUAGGAAACUUAUCUCUGCGCAGCCACCGAGGUCAGAGACACAGAAAGUUAUACAUGAAUUGAAGAAGGAGAUUGCAGAACUCGAGGCUGAGAACACAGCAAGUUGGAGACUUCUUGAGCUAAGGAAGAAGCAGUUUGCAUUGUUGUUGCAUGUGGUGGAUGAGUUGCAGGAGACAAUAGAGGAUGAACAGAAGAAUAUGGUGGAAGAAAUGCAGAGGAACAUUACCGCCGAUGGCGCUGAAGCCAUGUCCAUCGAUUAGCUCCUAAUCUUAGCUACUUUGUCUUCUCUUGAAUGCUAAAGAAACCUUUCAUUGAUAAGAAGAAUCUGUUUCAUAAAUUUCUGGUUUCUGGUUACCUCAGAACCAAAAUUGCUAUGAAAAGCCGCACUCGUUGUUGCAGAACUCGUCAAAAAUAAGGCUAUGUAUGUUUCUUUUUAACUUGCAGAUUCGGAAAAAAAAAA